AUGGCCGAAGGCUAUGGGGUGCCUGACGUGGCCGUUCCUGGUGUCGCCUUGCCGCGGCCGAGUCGAGCACAUGAGGUAGAUGGCGGCCAACGACUUCUCAACCUGGUGCCAACUCCGACCUGGGAGUGCGGCACGAAGACGGCGAAGAUUUGGGAGCCGGGGUACACGCUCUCGCCAGCCACCGAGAACUGGGCCCGACAUGUUCGGGAGGCAGAUCGUGCUCAGCCUGCGCUGGCCAUUGGAUUUGUGGGUGCUACUUCGGCGGGGAAGAGCUGGCUAGUUAGCAAGCUGCAGAGUGAGGGUGCAGCUCAGCCAGCUCGUUUCGAGCAGAGCUUUGUGGGAGGUGUGGACCUGCAGUCUAUGACAUCCGACAUUAACUUAUACCUGGAUCCCGUUGAUCAGAUCUACUACGUGGACUUCGAAGGGACAUACGGCACACUGCCGUUGCAGUACUAUGCGGCCGAUAUGGCCAAGGUGGUGCAGCGGUGUGCCGAUGUUGCGUCCUGGGAAGGAAAGCGCCGUCAGGCCCUGAAGGAGUCCUUCCAGCCAGCCGUUGCAUACUUGAUGUGCGACGUCGUUGUAUUCCUGACUCGGGAGAAGCUGGUUUGUCGGAGGGCCUUGGAGGAGUGCGAGCAGUUCGCGCGAGCUGCAAAUGCAAGAGUUUCCAGCGCUCUUCCACCAGCCUUGAUCAUUGUGCAGAACUGCUGUAGGCCUAGCGAAGGAAUCUUCGAUCCGGAGAAAUGCACAGAAGCCUUUCGCCGUGCUCACUUCAGCGCAGGCCGUUGGAACUACGAUGAUCCUUUGCAGGAGGGAGCAGGUGGUCAAGUAAGUUCCGCGGCAGCACAGUGGGCUGAGUACUUCAGGAGCAUUGACUGCUUCUGCUUACCGGACGAGUAUACGUUCUGCAAGCGAAGUGGCUUUGAUGGUGAAGAAGUCUGCAAGGAAGUGCUGAUGAAGCUGAAAGCCACGAUGAAGACCCGCUUGGAGGAGGGCCUUCCUGCUCGCGCCGAAACCGGUGUGUCCCUGCAUCAGUUUCAAUGGUUUGCUGCCUUGUCGUCCCUUUGCGGGAUCAUCAACGAUCAGGAAACGGUGGCAAUGUCUGCGAUUUACAUUCACGCCGGUGCAACAUCUGGUGGGGUCAACGAGCUGAAAUCACUCCUACUGCAGAUCAUGCACCCCGCGAAGCGGCCCGAUGUCGUCGACCCACAAAACUUUCAGCUUAGGCUGGGCGUGGCGAUUGGCAUCAUUGCCCGGUUUGCUGUUCGGCAUGAUCUCGCCGAAGACGAGAUCCAUCAGGUGGUGAAAUAUCUCUCGCUACUCUUCCCAUGUGGCGCCUUGGCCCCACCGGCUGUUGAAAGAGCCGAUGGAAGCACAGAGCCCGUUCCGUGUGGCCAGCUUCUACUUUUCCACAAGGGGCUGCACCGUUCCAGCUGUUUGGUGAGAACGGUCGAGGCGGGUUGGCUGCAACACCUCAGCGAGUGGCUACAAGGUGGCGUCACACACGCAUGGCCUGGGGAGUUCUGUUGCCUGGAAAGCCUCAAGGAGGUUUGGGACCACGGGGUGCUCACGGCUUCUGUGCUUGAACAGGUAGAAGAGUACAAGGUUGAGAAGUGCCUUGAGGGCGUUUCUCCAAAGGUGGGCACACCCUGGGUCUUGAAAGCUGCGAUGAACCCCUGUGCCCCGUGCGCCGGGGUGCAAGUCGAAGCGCAGGCGCCUCCUGCCGGCUGGAGCCAACACGGUUUUGCACCUCCCGCCGGCUGGAAUCCACCUCAAGACCCAAGUGCGGCCUGGAAUGGCUGCCAAUAUCCGCCCCAGGCGGCCCAACCGCAACCUGCCGAGCAGCAGCCACCGCAGUACCAACCACAGACGCAGCCACAGCCACAGCCGCAGAUGCAACCACCACCUGUGCAGCCACACAUGCAGCCACACAUGCAGCCGCAGAUGCAGCAGCAGAUGCAGCCGCAGAUGCAGCCGCACAUGCAGCCGCAGCAGUACCCGCCAUAUCCCCAGCCCCAGUAUCCACCGCCCCAGCACUAUCAGCAGCCUCAGUAUCCACCGCAGUACCCUGCCUACCCACAGCAUCCGCAGCCCGGUCAGCCGGUGGCACCAGGGCCGGUUCCUGCGUAUCCUCAAUGGCCGGGACAAGCGCCAGCAGCCGCGCCGGCCCCUAAUGGCAGCGGGUGGCCAUGCCAAUCUUCGCAAGGGCGCUCAAUGUCCAUAGCGGAGGCAUGUGUUGAAGCUGCCAGCGGUUCUGCAGGCGAGACUGUUCAGGACACAGAUGUCAGAGUCAUUGACUAUGAUGAGCGUCCUCUUCCUUUGCACAAGUUCUGGUCUUUUGACCAAUGUGCACAGUUCUUCCCCCAGAAGCUGAUAGACGAGCUGAAGAAGUCUUUCCCCGCACCAUCUCAAAUUCAGGCUUUCACUUGGCCCUUGGCAUUGUAUGGCAAGGACGUAAUUGGCAUUGCAGCAACUGGCAGCGGGAAGACGCUGGCGUUCUUGCUGCCCGCUUUUAGUGACUUCCACAAGUCAGGCUUGCAACCGCAGCGAGAUGGCGUUGGACUCGUGGUAAUGUCGCCGACCCGAGAGCUUGCGCAGCAAAUCGAGGUCGAGGCCAAUCGCUUCGGCAAAUGUCUUGGGAUGUGGACAGUUGCCAUGUAUGGAGGUGCGCCGAAAUGGGAUCAACAGAAGAAGUAUCAGCAGGGAGUCCACGCCAUCAUUGCAUGCCCGGGGCGCCUCAAUGAUUUCAUUGAGGGGCGACAGGUGCAGGUCAACCGAGUGCGAAAACUGGUGCUGGAUGAAGCUGACAGAAUGCUGGACAUGGGCUUCGAGCCACAAAUCCAAAAAAUUCUUCAGCACAUCCCCCGAAAUCGACACACAAUGUUCUUCACUGCAACCUGGCCACGGGAGGUCCGGCAGCUUGCUGCUACGAUGAUGGGGCAGCCAGCCAAAGUUAUGAUCGGAAACCGUGAUGAGCUGAAAGCGAAUCAGGACGUCACUCAACAAGUUCGACUUGUUGAGAGCUCGCAAAAGAAAGCUGCUGUCCUGGAGUUGCUGCAGGAAGCAGGCUUGAUGGACAAAGGUGCCAUGGGAAAGUGUUUGAUCUUCGCGAGCACGAAGAGGAUGUGUGAGGAGCUGUCGCGGCAGCUAUACGCCUGUAAUGUAGCCUGCUCUGCGAUUCAUGGAGACAAGGACCAACGGGAACGCGACAUGGCAUUGAAUGGCCUGAAACAGGGCCGUCUCCGAGUUUUAGUUGCUACGGAUGUAGCAGCUCGUGGACUGGACAUCAAAGGAGUUGGCCUGGUGGUCAACUAUGAUGCGGCAAACAACUCGGAGGACUACAUCCACCGAAUUGGGCGGACUGGGCGAGCUGGAAAGAAAGGCUACGCCAUCACACUGCUUUCCUCGGAGGACAGGGGCAAAGCCUCUGGGAUCAUCCAGGCAAUGGAGAGCACAAAUCAGCACAUCAGCGACGAGCUUCGGAGCUUCGCACACCGCAGCUUGUCCACCAGUGGCCUCAAGGUGAUGCAGGACGCUACACGCCUUUGCGUCGUGUGCACUGAUGCAGGCUCAGACGGAGCAAAUUUGUGGAAGCUUUGGGCGACGUCUUCUGUAGACUGUUUGCCUGUUUGUGGUCAUUGCUACGCCAUCAUGGAAAGCAAUGGUUUAUGCAAGGGGGCCACUGUGGCCCCUGCAUCGAUCAACAACAUCAGAGAAGGUCGAAAGUGCGAAGCCUGCAAGGAGAAGCCCGGAAGAGUCAUAGUGACACAGGCUCAUUGCCUCGCCAUGGGAUGGGGAAGGAGUAAGGGCAGCAAGGGCAGCAAAGGAGGCAACAAUGGCAAGGACGACAAGGACGGCGAUGUCGUGCCUCAGUCUGGCUUCUUCGGUGGGGGUGGCUAUGCAUCAUUCGGGGACUACAUGGUGGAAAAGAAUAGAAAGCUUAAGGAGCAGUUCGCAGCAGCUGCUGCAACUUCAGGUGAGACGGGAAAAGCGACGAUCUUUCGAGGUCUCAGCUUCUGGAUGACUGGCCGGACAUGCUUGCCAGACCAAGAACUCAAGCGCAUCAUCGUGGAACACGGCGGUGUGUACGAACAGUAUGGCUUCACACAUGUCACGCACGUCAUCGCUGACAACCUCGCAUCUGGAAAUCAGACCUGGGCAGAGCUCAAGAAGCGGUCGAAGCGUGUCAAUGUGGUCACGUCUUCUUGGGUGACUGCAUGUGUUCAAGAGGGGCGGCGCCUUCCGGAAAUGCGCUUCAUGCCGAAAUGCUUGUCGUCUGGAUCGUCGAUGCUCUCCUUCCUCCAGCCGGAUGCUCGGAAUCCCACGCCAGCAGAAGGACCCGAGGAUGCGGAUGCAGCUGUAUCGGUGCCCCAUCGAGGAGAUGUGGAAGAUGGGGUGCAGAAACAGUCGCUGGAUCUCACCUGCGAGGAGACACAGCCAUGCUCGGCUGAGCAGGUCGAAGAAGACGAGGAUCCGCCAGCCUCGGCCAAGAAGAGACGGAAAUCCAUAGUUUCAGUGGAUUCCGAACAUCUUAGCCAGACACCGCAGCGGAUAGAGCAGAAUUUCGCAACGUCUGCAGUUGCUUUUGAGGUGAACACUUCUUGCACGGAGGGGUUGGCUGGAUUCAGUGAGUUGCUCGAAGUUCUGUCCGAUCUUGCAGCCGGCGCUGCUCAACAGCUAAGCGAGCAAGGUCGUUGCGCGGCAGCUGUAGGACUGAAGAUCACUUUGGGACAGCGGCAGGCGGAGUGGAGUGGCAUGGCCGGGACCGAGGGCCAUGGCGGUCAAGAAGCUCUGCUGACUACCCUGACCUCGCUGGCACAUCGGGCCGUGGCAGCUUUGGGCCUUAGCACUGGCCUCACCGCCGAGACUCCGCAUGGAAAAGUCCACAUAGAUCCCGAUGCUGGCUACCGAGCUCUUUGUCACGUGGGUAUCCAACUGCAUUUUCAGCACGGGCAAGGUUCUGGAUACCAAGAGCCGGCACCUGCGAAGCCAAGCAAGCCAGAUCGAGGAGAUAGAGACUUGACCGGCAAUGGCAGAGAGAAAACAUGCAGUUCCGUGGCCGAUCAGCUCACUGUGCCUGUGGCUCUGCGACCCGACGUGGCCGAGAUGGCCAGCACCAGCUGCGCAGGCAUCCUCUCCGAACCCACUGCUCGAUCCACCACCACACACCGACCUCGAUGGAAAGUUCUGUCCGUCUGGGCACCGGAUGUCAAUGCACAGCAGCUCAUCGAUCAUUGGCGGGCAAUCUGCCAUCGGGUGCAAGGCUUGCAGAAAGGAUCAGUCAGUGAGUGGCACAAAGUCUGUCACCCUCGGGCCGGCCACACUCCCGGCGUCGCUGCCAGUCUCGACCUGCAUGUCUAUGCGUUUGAAGAGCUGCUGGCGCGAAAAGAAUUUGAGGUCGUUCAUUUGGCUUUGCGGGCACUUCGCGCAGCAGUCAAGAGCCGUGUGGCUUGCACACUCCGUGGAGACGGUCAACUGCCCACACCGAGCCAUUUCAAUGCAUUGCUUUCGGCAGUGCAACGAUCCCUGGCCGGCGACAGUGGUGCUCGCUUUAAAGUGGCACCACUGGCACUGCCAGGCACAGCAGAAGCGGAGCACGUGGAGGCCAAAGCAGACCAUCGGCUGCAGCCUUGCAGAUGUUUGGUGUGCAGAAAGUGCGCAGAGAAGGUCGCCUGGAACGAACGCUCUGUCUGUCCAAUUUGUGGCAUGCGAGUGCAGUGGCUGGCUGACGAAAGGGCAUUGAUUGCCACCGGCUGGCGUGUGACACGUCCAACUGCUACCAGGCAAGACAAGUGCGGUAUUUGUGUGAGUCGGGCAAAGUAA